AUGAAUUAUAAAAAGGCACAUCCAGAUUUCGGUAUUUCAAAUAGUCAUCUUUAUAAUGUUAUUUUAGAGCAAAGAAGAAGUGAAUCUGAGAGAAUUAGAGAGAGAUAUCCAGAUAGAAUUCCAGUGAUAUGCGAGAAAUCAGAAACCUCUAAGCUCCCAGAUAUUGAUAAGACUAAGUACCUUGUUCCAAGCGAUCUGACAGCUUAUCAUUUCAACUACAUAAUCAGGAAAAGAAUCAAGCUCCCAGAGAAAGACUCACUUUAUUUCUUUGUUAAUGGAAAGUAUUUACUCAAGGGAGACACGCUAAUGGCUCAUGCAUAUGAAAAGAGAAAAGAUAACGAUGGCUUUCUCUAUAUAACCUACACUGAUGAGACAACUCUAGGAGCUGAGCUAUAAUGA